GACAACUACGGGCUCCCACAGCGUAGGUGUCGGCUUUACUUUUUUGGUGUCAGACAAGUAGAACGCAUGGCCCUGUGUGGUGACAUUUUGAAGAGCAUCCAACAUGUGCUCCACUGCCUUCAGUGCACUCUGAAAAUCGCCCCUGACGCUUUGCUGUAUCCUUCUGGCCAUCCCCGGUUAGUUCGUGAGUUGACGCGGCUUACGGAAAAAAAGAAGCCACCCAAGCCGAAGGAGGGGCCUCCGCCGCGAUGGAUGGAGACACACAAGCAACUGGCUGCCACCAGCAACAUUGCUUAUCCGAUGGAUGUUCCGGGCUUUUUGAACGACUCACCCUGGUUUCAGCUGCUGCAGCAGAGGGAGAAGGAGGCGAUUUGCUUUGCGGAGGCGUUCAACAAGGAUCGCCCGGACGAGCAAUUGAUCGAAUUUGUUGAUAUAUCGCAAACAGUGACGAGGAUGGCGCACAGCACACGGGAUUCCAAGGUCAUUCCAACGGUGUUGCCUUCAGCGAAGCUGUGGUGCAUGUCACAGCACCGCUGGGUCUUGGGUUCAGAGAUGCUGCGAUUUCAGGGCCUCCACGUGGAGGAGUUUGACACGGCCGUGGAGGAAUCUGAGAGCCUUCUAUCCGAUUUGGCAGGGAACGCUUUUAGUGCCCCGUGUAUUUCUGCAGCAAUUUUGGCGGUGCUUGGAUCGGUGCGCUAUGCAUCCGAUAGCGAAGAUGAAGAGAUGUUGACCAUCAAUUCUGCCUUUAAAGCCGUGGGCCUCCUGAACAGGAUGGCUGAUUAG